AUGUCCCCCGGGCGCACUGUUUCUUUCAUCCACACAUUCGCAGACCUUUUGGUUCGCUCUGCUGAUUUGAGCUCCCAGCCACAAGUCUCAGCGAUGGCUCGUACCGUGCUGCCCCUCAUCCUCACUACAACCAACUCCAUCUUGCGUAAGGCCUCGUGCGAAAUGGAGGAGCCGCGUAUCAUUUCGGGUCUCAAACGGGUCGCAUGGCCUGAACUUCGUCGGUUGCCUCUCAUAACCUCAUCGGAUCGCCUGCCCGCGGGCAUCAAGCAAGUUGGUCUCGACAUUAAACGAGAAGCCAACUCAAUCAUUAAGAGGCACGGUCUGCAAUUUAAAGAUGAGGAAGACCGCUGUGAUCCUCAAAUGGAAAUGCGAGGAGUGCCCGGAAAAUCUGGCACCAGUCUACCAACCAUUCUUAUAUUCGCACCAUGGUCAACUGAGAAGCAACGUGACUGGGAGAGAGCUGCCCAGGAAAUGGCGAUGUUUUUGGCUGGUCUGUCAAGGGUCUGCUCAUUCGGCGAAACCGACAUUCAUGUGGAAAUAAUGGCCCCCGAACUAGUGCAGCCAACACACUGCACCAAUAUCGACGAUCCUGUCUAUCAAAGUGCUUGGGAAUACUUGAGCAGUACUAUUUUCAACCGCCUACAGUGGCUCAGAGCAACUCAAGGCCACGUCACAUGCCUCUCUCUCCAGAAGUACGGGACGGACGAUUGUGUUCAAGACAACCCACCUACAGUAUAUAUUUCGGUUGAUAAUGACUCUGAUGAAACUCAAUGGCCUGAAGUAGUCACAGAGGUCAAGAGAACUCUUGAUGCGGCCGAAUGGGACGAUUUCCAAGUCCAUAUUGAGCAUAAUCAGGGCAUGGUUGGUUAUUUUGAUAACCUCACUAAACCCACAAGAGAACAAAGGCAUCGUGCCUACAGGCUGAAGAAACGCAUGGAAAGUGAUUAUUAUUCAACGGUCCACAUUGGAGACGACUUCGGCGCUGCGUGUGAUAUCAAGCGGACCGAUGGGAAGCAACUGAGUCCGACAAAUGGUACUAUUGGCUGUUUCGUACAGCUAAGAACUUCUGGCCCUGAGCCCACUUGGCGGACCUUCAUCCUUACAUCUUAUCAAGCUGUCAGACCUGCCUUUGAUGGCUUCACCGUGGCGCCAGAUGGUGCAGACACUAGCGUUGCACCUCCAACAGCCAACAGCGACCUCUGGACGGUCGAUUCAGUUGGGUAUACACCAGAUAGCAAUUAUUUGGAGAAAACAGAUUGGCCUCAAAAGGAAAAACAACUCCAAGAGUUUAGGCAGAGGAUAGCGGCUUUGAGAGAUGAAAGGAAACAGAAGACCGAGUUCUUCGAGGCUAACAAGAAGGUCCUCGGAAGCUUGUAUGCCGCAUCAGGAUUCAGACGAAGGGUUGUAGGCAGAAGAAUGGACUGGGCGCUGAUCGAGCUCAAUCGGCCAUGGCAUGAUCGUCUCCCGGAAUACGAAGACUGGAAGCCUUCGUUUUGGAGAAUAUCAGCGAUGCCUUUUAUGACCUUUGGGAUGCAACUUGAAGAGCAAACUCGGUCCAUAGAAGUAUUGAGUGACCUUGAGUGGUCAAACGACACAUUCGACGUCUACAAGAUCAGAGCAAGCAGUGGGCCGAAGGCUGGAUCCCUUCUUUGCACAAACAACCUCGUCACUAUAAGAGACGACCAAUAUAUGAAUCCUUCGCCAACAGAGGAGAUGGCUUUCGAAACACACCGCUAUGAUUAUCCGCAUGAGCAUGGAUUCUGUGCCCCUGGGGAUUCAGGCUCUGUUGUCUUUGAUGAAGAAGGGGGUAUUGUUGGUCUUAUGAUUGGGGGACAUAAAAAUAACAACUCAGACAACCACGGAUAUGGAUAUGUGACUCCUAUUGAGUACGUUUUCAAGGAUAUCAAGGAUCUUUUAAAGGGACAUGUUGUCGAUAUUCGGAUAGCAAAGCCCUAA